GUCUUUACGCGAGAGUGGCGCUGACAUCGUCUGGCUGCUGCUAUAUUUUCGUGCCAGGCCUAACUUUGUGAAAAGAAGUCGAAUUUUUGGGAAAAUGCCCCAAAAUUCAGUUACACGAAGUUCAGAAUCAACAGGAGAUGUUGAAAUGACAGAUAAACAAGAUGAGUCGAUGGAUGUCUCAGCCCCAAUCGAUGUCGAAAGCAAGGGUAAAGAAUCCGCCGCUUCAUCGGCUCCCGAAAUAAGCGACGUUGGAGGGGAUAUGGACGCCAUGGAAUCUCAGGCCGGCAACUCGUCGGACUGUGCGGCGGGAGACGAGUCGUCGUCGAUGAUCGCUGUUGAUGAAAACGGACGAAUUAUCGCUACCGGUGCUGAGGCCGAGAGGCUCAUCGCGGCGCACCAGGCGAUGCAGGAGCAACAAUUGCAGCAAGAUGAGCAGCAACAACUAGAACAGCCGGGAACAUCAGCCAGCUCGGCUGAGCAGCAAGAGCCCACCACCCAAGCUUCCGAGAACCUAGUUAACGAUGAAGAUCAGCUGUACCAGUCGACAGCGGACCAACAGAUGAUGGAAGCCGCUACCGGUGAACCAUCGUCGGAAUCUCUAGAAGGCUCCGCGGCGAACGCGUCCGCACAGCCGACGGAUAUUCUCCAACAGGCGUUCGAGGCAUCUGGAGCCGAUACUGCUGCAGAUGCGGAGGCUGCGACCGCUAAUCCACCCGCUGAAUUGACACCGGGGGAGCUGGUCGAACAAGCGGUUGCCCAAGUUCAUGGAAACGAAGGAAAUCAAGCAGAGGGUGCGAGUACCGCUCCGAAGGUCGAGCAACAGGAGAACACGCCACCUCUGGGGAGUUGUGACAAUCCCAUCCAGAUCAUACAGCAGGGAAACACCUACCACUCGACUCAAACUCUGAGUCAGGAGCAGCUCCAGCAGAUAGCGCACGUUCUGCAACAGCAACAAGUUGCGAAAGCAAUCAAAAACGGUGGAAGCGCUGUGGUGUUCAAUCCGGCCACGAAUACCCGGAUCAUCUAUCGAGUCAUUUAUCCCAAUGGUGCGGAGAGGAAAGACAAGGCUGCGACACCGAACAGGAUCACGAAAACCACGAAAAUCGUGAAACAGCACCCAAAGGGCUACAAGGGGAGAGGACGGCCAGCGAAGAGGUAUUUUUUUCGCAGGUUUGACGACGACAUCAACCCGGAAGGAUCCAGCAUGAGCAAGGAAGAGCGAGAGGCCUUGAAAAAACAGGUCCCGAGAACCCGAUCCGGACGAAUAAGUCGACCGCCUUCGUACAUGGUGCGAGACUACAAACGAAUCCAUCAUCUAGAUUUCCACGAAGAGCCUCCGCCGGAUAACAGCGACGGAGGUUAUUCCGACAUCGAAGUCGAGGUGGGCGAAGAUGGAGUGAAACGGAAACGUCGCAAACUUGUCCUUGGAACAGAUCUGAGCUUGACCGGGAAACCCAAACGAUACCGAUGUCCUCAAUGCGACCAUGCCUACAUUUCCUCGAUACGGCUAUCAAAGCACUUUAGAGAUCGGCAGCACGGGGAUCCGGACAAUAUACCGCCACCGGUCAACGUCGAGGAUUUCGUCGAGACUGAGCCCGAAGAAGACGACGAGGAGGUCAUCCCGAAUCUAUUCUACAGGCGCAGGAGUUACGUCGAUAUGGUCUCGUCGCGUAAGAAAAACCGCUUGAGGGACGCCUUGCGUCAAUGUAACGACAAAGAAGUUCUCGACGUCUGUUUGCAUCGAGUGGCUAAAGCCUCGACGAUGUGGCAGAUUCUCCUUGCCAAAAGCGAAGAAGGCGAUCCACCUAGACCAGAUGUGAGCACCAUGCUCGUGCACCUCGAAACUCUCCUUCAACAGACGGAGAAACUCGGGAAAAACUUCCUCAUCCCCACCGAUGGAAAACAAGAGGACAGCGAAGACAUGGUCGAGUUAAUCGAUGAGAUGGUUUCGGCCGCACUUGGCAACCGCAAACCAGGCGUGUACAGAGUUCUCCCGGAGGCCUAUGAACCAGAACUCGAUUUCCUUGUCAAACCCAAUUAUCAGAGUAGACCGAGGGACGUUGUGCGGAAGAGCCCUAUCAAAGCGCAAAUAAUUCAUCGACCCAAAGAAGUUGUGCGAUCUGUGAUUAUGACCGGACCUUCUCGGAGUACGACGGCGCCCACCCCAAGCUCUAACGUUAUCGUCAACAACAGACCCACGCCAGUGGCGCUUACCAAAUCGACCUCCCAUCCCAUCAUGCAACCUCCCAACAUCGUGCGUCGGGUGGGCAACACGAAAAGCUACGUUCCCAACGCUUCGAAUGUCACCAUGACUCCCCAGAAGUUCACGCCAGCAAUCAUCAGCGCGCCACGCAUGCAGUUUAGAGUGGUCACGGCGGCUCCGAGAGCGGGCGCGCGACCUGGAACUAGUUUAUUGAAGAAUUCUAAUCCUCACCGAAGCGGUGGAUCUAUAACUCGAGUGACACCCCAAUCGGUCCGGGGAACUACCAUCUUGACUCCGCCAAGCGUGACUCCCGCCCAACACAUACAGCAGCAGAUCCACGCUGGAUCCUCAUCCGGUGUGACCGUCGUACACCAUCACCAUCAUCAGCAGCAUUUACAGCAACAGCAGCAGCAGCAGCAGCAACAUCAACAACAGCAGCAGCAGCUUCAACAGCAAUUGCAACAACAGCAGCAGCAGCAACAAAUGAAUCAGUCAGAGGCAGAGAACGAUCAAGAGCAUGAGGAAGUCAGCCUUGUCGUAGGAGAAGUAUACGAAGACGAAAACGGUCAACCCGUAGUUAUAAACGAAGACGGAACAAUCACGCCGGUCUCGGUGCAGCACGUGGAGGCUCCGGCCGAGCAGCAACAGACCGCUGUACAGGACAUCAAGGUCGAUCAGGAAGAUGAAACUCUGCUCCAGGAAGGCGCUGCUCUCGAGCAAGCCAUCAUGCGGGGGGAAGAAACGACGACAGCAACCGUAACCGCUGUAAUCGGCGAGGGCGACGCUGCCGUUGCUUUGGCCUUAACGACCGACGCGAACGGAGAUGUUGUGAAACAAAUCAUGCUGACAGACGGUCAAGUGUUAGGGACCUGCACCACGAACGGAGAAUUGUCCCUCAGUGACGGUGUGAAUUUAUUACAACAAGAGGACGGAUCGGCCGCGUUGCAGUUCAUCCAGGGCAAUAUCCAAGUGCCCUUGGAGACUGUGCGGGCUCUGUUCACCAUGGAGCAACAGUCGGCCGCUCAGGAAGGCUGAUACUCGUCGCGAUCAGCCUCCGUUUCUCGCAAGUCUCGCUUCCGUCCGUCUAUCAGAAUACCCGACCGAGAAUCCGCGAGCGCUGCGCUUGCUGUAUCAACUCCCAAGUGUUCCAUUGUUCGUAACGCGUGCUCGGUCCUUUUGAAUCAGAGCGUCGGGAGGGAGGGCGACGUGUGAGACUUGAUAUAUACAAAUAUUUCGUUGUGCUCUCAGUCAAACCCGGGAAGCUAGUUCUAUUUUGACGUCUAGGCUGAAGGAGUAAGCUUCCCAAAGAAUGUACAUUCGCUUCCGCCUCUAUCGAUUGCAUGAAUCGAAGUAAUAAUUUAGGGACGAAGAAGUUGCGUCAUAGGGCACUUCGUUUUCAUGGUCAUUUUCAUCGGAUUCAUCAACAUCCUCAAUUGUUGACACCAACAUAAAUCAUCUCUCUCGACCGGUCCGUCGUGAGUCGUGAGGCACGCUUAGCAGUGUCACCGCCUCGCGUUUCCUGUACAAUAUAACUAUGAAUUGUCUACGCUGUACUUUACGAUAAUGAAAGAGAAGUCACUAUUCUAUCAAUCAAUCGCUGCAUUGAUAACUGACCCAAAAGACAGAGUUCAAUAAAUAUGAGUUUAGUGAA